AUGGGCACUGAAUAUUGGCAUUCCUCUCUGGGGGAAGAGCAGCCCAUGGUGACUCCUGCUGGGAAGAAGUGUCAGUGCCUGGAGCUCAGAAGCAGAGUUGUGGAACUAGGAAGUUUGGAGCUUCUGGAUCCUUCCUUGGUCCCUGGUCUAGCUGUGGUCUCGACAAGUAUGGAAAUGCAGACAGGGGAACCAACUAUGGACCUGCCUUACCAGGAUUGCAAGACUCACAUAAAACUCGGGGUGCUGAGACUUAAGUAUUGCAUCGCCAGACUGGGCAGAAUUUUGCCUCUAUCAGGCAAUGCAAAUAGAUGCUAUUUUGUCAAAAACACAGCAGAUUCCGAAGAGCAUGGAUUGCCAAGUGGAUGUGAUUUGCCAGCCCUGACUACAAGAUCUUCCAUGUCUGAGCCAUGUUGUUUCUGUGGAGAGUCAAGCCACUGCUCUGAGGAUGACUGGUGUGCAGAUUGGGAUCUAUACUCCUUCUGUGUAUUUGAGAGCUUGGAAUACUUGAGAUAUGACCAAAGAUUGAAUUGUGCCAUGAAGAAGAGCACAGAGGUCUCCCCUAUUGAGAGUCAGAGGGAGACACGAGUGGCUUCAGGAGAUGUAAACAACAACAACCAAGACAAAGAUAUAGAGGAGAUAGACCAACCCUCACCACGCUUGCUGAGGGACAAAGGGCUAGAACUUGAGACCUAUGAUGGUAUAGACUGCCCUGACCAGCACCCUGCUUCUGACAGUCCCAGGAACCUAGGAUGCUGGACAUGGCUUCAAAAGGCUUUUGGACAA